ACGCCAGAUAAACACUAUGAGGAGGAGGGUAGGAGUUUGACAAAUGUUGGAGAGAGAAUCCUUUCCUCAUUAUAAUGUUCUCACCGUUGUUGGGAUGAACGAGUAAAGUCAAGUUGGAUGAACCAGCGAUGUGGUCAUUCUUGUGGUGAUGUAGACAGGCUUAGCAGCAAUCAAUGCUACAGCACCAGCCCAAGCUCCAGUGUUACGUGAGGGCAUUGUACGGUGCGUGGAUACUAUAGAUUCCCCGGGACCCUUCCACCACAGUCAGAUGAUAAACUAAACUCACAGAAUUCCACGAGGCAUGUCGGCAAUUUCAUGGAUGCCAAGGACCUAUGGGAAGGUAAUACAGCGCCGUAUCCCGAAGAAGAUGUCGGCCACAUCCUACUUCCACAAAGGGAUUUCCCGCCUCCACGCCGAGGAGCUGUUGAUGAGAGCUCGGGACGACGGCACCUUCUUGUUGCGAGAUAGUGAAUCUCUAGCUGGAGCCUAUGUGCUGUGUUUGCUGUAUCAGUCUCGAGUACACCAGUAUCGGAUCCUGCCGGACCAGGACGGACGACUGUUUGUUCAGUCUGAAGGCAAUGUGGAAGCCGUGCGUUUCAACAACAUCGAGGAUCUGAUUCAGGGAUACCUGGUCCGGGGAGAUCAGAACGGUCUGGUGUGUGGACUACGGAAGCCAGUACCAACAGACCGACCGGAGGCCGUGGAGGCGGAGUCAGAUGAAGAAGAGAUACUUGAUGGCUUCUGUAUCCCAACUGCACCAUACCUCCCGGAGGAGGUUCCCAGCGGCACCGACAGACAUGUCUCAAAAACUUUCAAAUAUGGCUUCCUCAGCAACUUUGCCCGUCUGGAUCUUUCCUGCUGUGAUGGUGAGUUUGUGGAUGGAAUUAAGAAGUACAUCGACAGCGGAAUGGAGAAGGACGCAUCUCUCUACCGCGCCGGGGAUGACAUGAUGCCAGAGUUUCAACAGCUCUUGGAGAUUGCAGGCAAAGGUCUACAGAGAGAGUUGGAUGUAUUCCUCCUGAAGCUGUCACUGUGCAAAGAUCUGCUGACUCAAGAUGAAGAUGACCGCUCUCGACACUCGGGGUUAACCAUGAAUGGGGUAGCCAUGACGUACAUCAGCUUCCUGGCCGACAAGCUUCAGAACUGUCACUCCCACGUCCUCAAGCUGGAAGAGAAGGCCCACGAGGUGGUGAAGCAGCUCCCCGACAGCAGCUACGACUACCUGGACUCCGACGAGAUGAGGGAGCUGACCGGGGCUCUUCAGCAGAUGCCGUCUCCCAUGUCCUCUCUCUCCAUACCCCUGUCAUCCUUCGAGGUGCGUUCGUCUAAGGCAGGAAAAUUCACCAGUAAGGUGACACUGAAUGUGGACAUUCGGCAAGGGAGGUUCUAUGCCGUCAAACCCUCCAAGGACUUCCUAGACUCAAGCAACACCUUCACACAUGACCGAAUCCUUCAGCUAGUGAAAAGCACGUCCGACAACAGCCGUCUUGACGUGAUCAUCGAGGGCAAGAAGAAGACGUCCUACAUGUUUGAGAACGCCCAUGCUAGAGAGAACUUCUGCCUCCAGAUCCGACACAUGAAGAGCUUACAUUCCAAGGAAGAGAAAGUGGAUCAGAUCUCCGUGUUCAUUGGGACGUGGAAUAUGGGGAAGUCGGCCCCCGACCACACGCUGAAACACUGGCUGAAGUGUAAUGGUGAAGGCAAGUCCCUGGAUCGCACACUGUCCCGCAUUCCACACGACAUCUACGUGAUUGGCACACAGGAGAGUGCUCUCAACGACAAGGACUGGGUCAACACGCUGAAGGCAUCGCUGAAGGCCACGCUCAUGGUGGACGUGGAGAUGCUGGAGAUGUGCAACUUGUGGGGUAUCCGCGUCGUUGUCCUCAUCAACCCACAACACCGUCACUGCAUCUCCCACGUACAGAAGUCCUCUGUCAAGACCGGCAUCGCUAAUGCUCUUGGCAACAAGGGAGCUUCAGCUGUUUCAUUCCAGUUCAACGGUACCUCCAUCUGUUUCAUCAACGCACAUCUGACUUCUGGGGACGAGAGAUUGCACAGGCGGAACCAGAAUUUCAGAGACAUCCUUAAAGGGUUGUCACUUGGUCCAAAGAGUUUUGAAGGAUUUGAUGUAUCGCACAAGUUCCACCACGUUUUCUUCUUCGGAGAUCUCAACUACAGAAUUGUGGAGAAAGUAGAUGUUGUGCUGAAGAGAGCCGAAGAUCGCGACAUUCCAUUUCUGCUAGACAGAGACCAACUGAGGAAGACACAGUUUGACAAAGAUGCCUUCUUCAACUUCAAUGAGAGCGAGAUCAACUUCAUGCCGACCUACCGCCUGUACCGAGGGAAGCCGGGCUACAAGUAUGACUGGAAGAAGGUCAAGAAGACAGGGGAAAGAAUCAAUGUGCCGUCUUGGUGUGACCGAGUACUCUGGCAUUCCUACCCAGGGACCUUCAUCGAGAACAACGCAUAUGGAAGUGUGGAGAACCUGCUGAACAGUGACCACCGACCUGUGUUCGCGUCCUUCACCGUCGGGAUCGCGUCGCAGUUCGUACAGAGCCAGGCCAUGCUCACAGAGAACUCCAGCAUUAGAAUCCUCUUUAACAGAAUUGAGGCGCAGGUGCGGACGUGUGUCCGGCAACACUUCAUCUUGGAGUUCUACUCCAGCUGUCUGUCAGACAUUAUCUGCUGUGAGUCCAACGUGAAGUUUAAAGAGAGUAAGAGCAGCUUCUACUGCUGUCCGGAAUGGCAUGCUGACCAACUGCCUCAGCUGCGGCCGAUGUUCGGAGACAGGGACUAUCUGGAGGAGCAGCACAUACUAAUAGCUGUCCGGGGAUGUGAUGACGAUGAUGAGUCUUAUGGUGAGUGUGUGGUUUCUCUGAAGGAUCAGUUCUCGCCAGACUUCCAGUGUUUCGAGUGUGUGCUGACCCACAACGGAGAGGAGACAGGGAAACUCAGGGGUGAGAUGCGUGUGUCUAUGGGAGGGAAGUACAGGGUUGGCAAGUCCAGGAAGACAUAUGAAAUUGUUGCCUUGGAUACGGAAUACCAGGAUCCCGAAGACAUCCAUCCCUCCACUCCACGAGAAGGACGACACCAGCCUGUUUCCAUGUCAUCAUCUGUCGGAAUCCAGUUGCCUAGCAACGGACAUUCAUCACCUGCUCGUCAGACAAGAUACAGCAGUGAUGAGGUGUUGCUUCGUCUGGGCCAGGAGAGUUCGAGCCCAGAACCAGUCUGGCCCCUGAACCCAACCAAUGGCCGGCAGUCCGCGUCUCCAAGACGCAAGCCGAUCAUGGGGCAGUCUGUGCUUCAAGCGUCUGCUUCUCAGAGACAGGUCAUGCCCGUUGUGUCGACAUCACAACUUCCUGCCAACAUACGUCCAAGUGAAUCUGUCCCAUCAUGCCUCAGCGGUGUAGGAGUUUCUCCUCCAGUCGUGAUGCCCAGACCUGCCGAACUAGGUCGGAAACAUGACAUCAAGGUAGACACCCCUCCACCACCUCUACCAAAGAAACAACGACCCACAUCGAGUGACAAGAACUAUGACGGACUUGCCAAGCCUGCCUCGGUGCAGGAAUGGCUGACAGGGCUCGGUCUAGAGGAAUACAUUGUGUUGUUUCUCAAAUCUGGCUGGGAUUCCAUCUCCAGACUCCCCAAUCUCACAGCCCCGGAUCUUUUGCGCAUGGGUAUUCAAAAUCCUGCACACUGGAACAGAAUGAUCACUAGCAUUCAGGAAAUAAACUUCACAUAGCAGCAGGUGUUCUUGCAAAUUUGCUACCUAUGAAAAAUGACCCCUACCCCCGACAUAUCUGAGAAUAGAGACUGUCGUUCCACAGUGCUAUGUCAUCAUGAGUGCACACUGCUAAGGUCAUUUACCCCAAGUGCUUCAUGUGGCUAACAGGACGCAUCUUUUUUUCAAAACGAAACCAAAAAAGAUUUCCUUUGUUGAAUGUUAAGGGCAGACCUUUUGUCAUAGAUUUGAAAAUGAACAAAUAUUCAGGCUUGAUUUUGUAAAAAUGGAAAUAUAAGUUCUAACAUUCAUGCUAAGAAAGCAAUGUCCAAUUAAUUUUGAUACAAAUAAAACAACAUUUUUUAAAGAAAAGUUAACUUUUUCAUAAACAAGAAUGGAUUCGACCAUGCCUGAAGUGUCUUGUCAGUCUUGGCUUUCGAAUGCUUUGUUAAGGUAACACAAAUACAUGAAGCCUUAACAUGGAGUUUCUGUUCAUGAUAAAAUAUUUGUAGUGAACUUUUUGUACAGUGCUUUUGUAUAUAAUUUGAAUGACUGAUGUUCAAAUUCCGGUUGAAUUUAAUAUAUUUUGUCUCAUGUCUUCAGUGUAUAUGUAUGUUUACUUUGUAAUCAAUAGAGGUGUAUCUACUGCAUUGAAUUGUAUGGGAUUAAAAUAAUCAUAAUAUUAUAGGGCUGGGACGAGGCCAAAUUUACUACCCGGGUACCUGACUGUACCCAAGUUCCCCUUCCCAGCCCUAAAACGAGGAAGUGUGUUCGAUCUGAUGUCUGUUUCACAGAUGCGUGGAUGUAGUCCGCUGUACAUAGGUCGUGUGUUGGUGUCUAUAUUUUGUAAAUGUGCUGGUAGAAAUGAUGCGAUUUUGUUGUCUUUUAUUGUCCAAUGCUGCGCAAGUCUUAAAGAAAGUGCUACGAUCGUUAUUUGUCUGUAGAAAUGUAGAAGUCGUUGCACUUCAAAGCGUCUUGGAUUGAAUCCGUCUCAAACCCGUUUUUUGUCAGCUUGGAUUUUGUUCUUUUUGUUGUCGCUGUGUGUGUUUUUUUUGCUAUUGUGAAAGUCAAAGUAGUAUGUAAACAAUUCUGAUGAGAUUUGCUUGGAAUGGCUUUUCCUUAACUGGUGUCAAAUCAUGUUUUACAAUGAUAAACAUUGACAUCCUAUAAAUAAACACCCAUGGCAGUUAAGCUACAACUAUUUCCAACUCCUGUAAUAACUAACUCCUGUUGCCAAAUAUCUUUGAUGCAGGAAUAUUUGUUUACAUGGUGAAAAAAUAAACAAUUGAGCGGAACAAGAAAAUUAAUUGAGGAAUUAUGUAUUAUUUUCAAGCAUGGUUAAAUGCAUCUAGUUACCAUGGCGAUAUCUCAAAUAAAUUUCUUACCUCUUGUUGCCAUGGUGAUGUCUGGUGUGUUUUUUUUAUCCCCUUUGGUUGCCAUGGCCAUCUUAUAAGAAGAUUACUUACCGCUACUUGCUAUAAUUAUUGUGACAUGGGUUACAUGUAUCUGGUUGCCACGGUGAUCCAUGGCAUCUAUUUACCCUGCAUAAUGGCUGACACGGUCAACCUAAACAAAUUAAUAAUAAAAAAAAAAAUCCCAUAUUUUCAGCUGUAGCAGUUGGUGGUCACUGCUGUAUCUGGUGCGAAUGCACUGUAGCUCACCUUUCAAGCUUAAACAAUAGUUUGAAGGAUAAUGGUUGUGAGAAUCCUUUGGUGCUUGCUAACCCAUCUUUGCUUAUUAAUUCACAACUGGCUGAUGAAUCGCCUUCUAUUACUGAAACAUGUUAUUUCUCGAUAUUUGUGUAUAGGCAGAUGAAAGCAACUCCUGGUUGUAUAACGUGAAAAUUUCAAAAUGGGAAAAGUUUGGCAGUUCAAGUGCUUACUAUUGGAAUAAAAUUCAAAGUGCCUAAUACCUUUUUGGUGUAUGUUUAUUUCGAGGUUUGAUGUCAUAAGGACUUGCAGCACUUUAACUUCUGAACCUAAACUGAUCCUGUUUUUUAAGUAUUGAAAUUCAGGUUGAGAAUGUGACGUGUUUAUGAUGUUAUUAAGUCAAUCUCAUUCAAAUCAGAUCUUAGUGCCCUAAAUCGCGACUACAGGGGGCAGGGUUGGCCCAGUCGUCUAAGGUGCUGCGAUUCGCUGUGCAGAGUUGUGUCCCCUGGGCAAGCCAGAAACCCAUGAUUGUGGGUUUCGAAUCCAGGUUCGCCCUGAUUAUGUUUCUAGGUUUGUCAGCGCCAUACCCUUGGUCGUUGGUUAAAAAUGUCUAAGACAUCGAUCACUUCGAGCUUUCCUCUACCAUAAAGCUGACACGCCAUGAUAUAACUAGAAUACUGUUACAAGCGGUGUUAAAUUAGACCUCACGUCAGAUCGACCUCUCGUGAACUUUGACUGACCAAUAAAACGACUAACAAGUUGUCAGCAUUAGCCAAUCAGAAAGCAGCUUUACGGCACUAGUUUCAAACUGGCAACUUCCAUUCCAGAAUAUGUUUUAAAAAAUAGCGAUCCCAAAUUUGAAAACUGAACCAAUAAAAAUUCAUGAAUGUCUAAUUGUAAUUCGAUGUCAGAUUGUGUGGCUGUGGCAAGUCUCUUCUGUUGCGGAUGUUAUCCCAUUGAAGCGAGAGAUAGACUAUGACUUUGACGGAAUCAGUCGUGCACCCCGUAAUACCCAGUGUUAACUUUUUCAAUGUUACAUGAUUAGAAAAAACAUUCUGACUAUCACUUUCCCGAUCUAAUAAGCGAUGCUCUGAUUGUCUGGAUGAAAGGUCACUCAGAUGUUAACUGUAAACAGGAUGUCCACAGACCUUUGUUUGACGGUAGCGAGACCUAAGAUCUGAUUUGAAAUAAUUAAAAAAAUUGUUAUAAAGUGACAUGGCAUUGAUGUUUGUUUGUGAAAGUUUGUUUUGUAAACAACAUAUUGUUAUGAAACCGCUUGUAAACACUUGUGUUGUUGAUUGGGUUGAUGUUAAUCAAAGUCUUUACAUGGAAUAAAAAGCAAUAUAUCUUAUGACUUUAUCAAAUUUAGAAAAAUAUUUAUGUGAAAAGAUCAAUAUUGUUAUAAGAGGAGGUCUGUUAUUGUUACGCCGCCGGACCCAACUGUAUCCCACCUGCUCUGUCAGCUGCUCUGUUUGGUCCGUUGAUGGGAAGAUUUGUUCAAUGAUCACAUUUGCAAUCUUUAGGAUUAACUCGUUUCCAUGACGAUCAGGGCAAGACAAAUUGUUACAUUGAAAAAUCAAUGCUCGGAGGCUUGAUACUGCUUUUAAACCAACAAAUGACUAGGAAAGGCAGUAUCUAGACAGUGAUGGGGUGUGGGGAAGGGUGCUCCAUUCCUUUCAGAGUUCAGACCUGGUGCAGGCAGACCAUUGGUGAAGGGGGGCGGAUUCAGCCCAUGAUUCAAUACCUCUCCACAUUAACCAUGUCCUGUCUGACUACCACCACAGCAGACAGCGGGGCCAAUCAGUCUCCAUGGUAGCAUCAUGGUUACCAUGGUUACUGAUAUCCUGGAGCCUCAUCUACUAAACCAGAGCAGCUGACAACAUUGUGAUACUGUGUUGCCUUAGAACAUGGUUGUGAGGGUAACUGUCCCCUUGUGUCCCUGAGGGAGGUGUGAUUGUGUCACUGUAGGCAAUGUGUCCGUGUAUUACUGAGAGAUUAGUCAUUGUACCAUUCAGAUAAUAUGUCAUUGUAUCACUGCAAACAAUGUGUCAUUGUAUGAUUGAAAACAUUGUAUCGUUGUAUCAUUCAGACUUUGUGUCAUUGAAUCGUUCAGACUUUGUGUCAUUGUAUCAUUGCAAAGAUUGUGUCAUAUUGCAAACAAUGUGUCAUUGUAUCACUGCAAACAAUGUGUCAUUGUAUCACUGCGAACAAUGUGUCAUUGUAUCACUGCAAACAAUGUGUCAUUGUAUCACUGCAAACAAUGUGUCAUUGUAUCACUGCAAACAAUGUGUCAUUGUAUCACUGCAAACAAUGUCAUUGCAUCCUUGCAGACAAUGGAUCAUUAUCGCAUACAAAGAUAUAUUGCAACAUGGUUGGUGUGAAAUAUUCUUAUCUUCAGGAGAGAGUUUUAUUUGCAUAUAAGAAUAUGCUGAAGUGUGUUGGUCCAAACCUUUAGUCCUGAUGAUACUCUGUAUACAGUGAUAUGUGCAUGGGUUCUCAUGACAUUCCUACAGGAAACAUCUUCUCAAGGCAAGGUAGUUAGCUGACUUUAAAAGUCCAGUUUCCAUGCUUGCCGAAUUAGGCUGGAAUAAUAGAGUUAUUAUUGACUAGACUAAAAAGUCUAUGGAAAGUCCAAUCCAAAAUCGUGUAACGAAAUUGACACCCGGUUCGUAAAAUGCCAUGUAGAUUUAGAAUCGAUUGCAGGAUUUGCAAAGCAUGUGUAUCACCAACUCAGCGUCAACAGAUAUUUUCCAAAUGUUUUCAUGUUUUUAAUCAAGGUGCUCACGUCAUUUGAUGUACUUCGCAAAGUAAGACCUGUUUUAUCACAAUAUGAAUUUUGAUUAUUGAUCAGAUAGUCUUGACUGGGGGCCGCCAUUUUAUUUUAAGCAAAUACAUGUGACAUGAGAGAUGGAAUCAGAUUGGUCAAUUGGAGGGACAUAGAAGGGACAUAACUCACAAUAGCCACUGGUGGCGCUACGAUUGAGCUUAGAAAUUCCAGCCUAGUUCGGCAAGGGUGGAAACUGGACGUAUAUUGUCAGUGAACUCCCUUGCCUGGGGAAGAUGACAGGAAACUGCAGAGUCAGCACCCUGUCUGACCGGUCUAUUUCCAGGGUGUUGAAGAGAUCUGUGUGUCUUGUACUGCUGCAAAUGAAAUAUUUUUUGUUACAAUGUCAAGCUUGUAGGAUUGCUUAUCUCAUCCAAAAUCCCUUGUCCGAUGCCACCACUCCAUGUAUCUGUGUUCAUAACCAUUUACGUACAAUAUGUAAACUUCGUCACCUGCAGUCUUCUGCAAUUUUUGAAAAAAAAUAUUUGCAUAAAAUCAGAAUGCAGAUCAGCAUUAAGUCUUCAUUAAAAUAUUUCUUGUAAUGUUUUGAGAAUAUGUUGCCAUAGCUGUCGAUUUGUCCAUAUGAAUACGCGUUCUUCCUUGUUUCUAUGAGUGUUUGUUGCCGUGGUUCUGAGGGUACUGCUAUGCCAUAUGUCGUAUCAAGCCUGAUCAUAUAUAUAGGGAAUUUCACUCUCGUGUCUUUUGGAAUCAAAUAUAUAAACACAAGUCGAUUAAAGUUUAAAACACUCAGGCUUGCCAAGGUAUUUUAUAGACGUUUAUUGACGUGUUGGUAAUAAAGAUUCUAUUUAUCAUCCAAAA